ACUUAUACAGAUAAAAAAAGUAGGUUUCGGGUAAUGUAAUAGGAAAUACGUGGCAAUGCCUGGCAACUUCAUCAACCCGUACGGUCACGUUCCAGUCGACACAACUGCAUUCGAAGAAGCUGCUGGUGUAAAAGAGAAAAUCGACCCAGAGCUUGCGGGAAUCUUAAAGGACAUAAAACGUGGAGAUCUUGGUGUUCCUUCUCAUGUAUUGAAAGCAUCAGCGUUCCAAUACGCCAACGAAUGCAACGAGGUCAAUAAAGAGUUCAUGUUAUGUCGUGAGGAAGAGAUGGAUCCACGCAAGUGUUUGAAAUACAACAUUAAGGUGUCGGACUGCGCUGAAAACUUCUUCAGAAAAAUGACAACCGCAUGUGCUGAUGAAAUUGUGGCGUUUGGUAAAUGCUUGGAAAGGGAUCACAAAAGAUCGUUUGUCUAUUGCCGCGAUGAGCAAGUCAAAUUUGAUCGUUGCAUGUUUGAAAAGUUGGGAAUUGAUAAGAAAUAUAACGCUGUUGAACUUGAUCAAACGGUGAAAACGGACCGUCCUGCUCCAAAGAAUCCGUUCAAACUAAAGAACUACGAUCACCCGUCACCCCUUAUGCCCGACUGGAACCGACCCUUGCCCAAAAUCGAAGACUAAAUUUGUUCGUUCCUAACUUAAAAAAAUUAUUCUCUGUAAAAAUAAAUAUCUUUGAUGAAUUUUUGUUCGAAAAAGGCAGUUAUGUAAUGUACGGAACACAUGUUAUUGCACCUUGAAAGCAGAUGUGUGCCAAUACACAAGACCUGAGACUUA